CAUCUGCUCUUCCUCUCUCCACGGUCUCCACUUACCAACAACAACACCCGAGUUCUAACCUCAUCGCCCGGAAGUACGCGUCCCUAACUCCCUCGUGGCAAUUCUAGGCCGACACUUCUCUCUCUCUCUCUCUCUCUCUCUCUCUCUCUUGACAUCACCUUUCGCAGAAUCAAAUGAUCGCCUUCUGCUGUUACGCUUUAUAAUACCCCACAUAUUUAUUCUCCCUUGCCUUCUCUGUUUCUUGCAACGAACUAUUUAUUCCGGUCAAGGGGGUGUCGGCGGUGUUCAACUUCAACCUCCUAAAAUCUCUGUCCUCCCUUCCUUUUACCCCUCCCCACUAUUGUUUUUUCCCUCUUAUUACAGUCUUCUUCUGUACUCUCUGGUUCUGGUUGUUUCUCUGUUUGGGUAUGGGUGAUAGUUGAUGAUCCAUGCAUAGUAGUAAGCUGCUGGUGCUAAUUAGCGACGUCAGGAUUUGGUGAAAUCAUGGACCAGAAGACAUGGCUUUGGGGGAAAAAAACAUCAGAGAAGACAAUUGUUGUAAGUGACAAAGCCAACCUCUUGUCAAAAGGAAAAGAUGAGGAGGCACGUGUGACAGAUAAAGAAGUAGAUCUAGAAAGAUCUGUAAAAGAUCUGAAUGAGAAGCUUUCAUCUGCCCUCUCUGAGUGUAAUGCAAAAGAUGAUCUUGUCACAAAGCAUGCAAAAGCUGUAGCAGAAGCCAUUGCAGGCUGGGAGAAGGCAGAAGCAGAAGCAUUUUCUCUCAGGAAAGAACUGGAUGAAGCUUUACAGCAGAGGAUGGCUACAGAAGAAAGGUUAGCUCACUUGGAUGGAGCUUUGAAGGAAUGCAUGCAGCAGCUACGAUUUGUUCGAGAAGAACAGGAGAAAAGGAUUCAUGAUGCUAUAACAAAGACAACAAAAGAAUUUGAAAAAACACGGAUAACUUUAGAGGAGAAGUUAGCUGAAACAAGUAAAAGGGUUACCAUGUUAGGUGCUGAGAAUACUCAGUUGAGUAAGGCCCUCCUGGGAAAGGAGAAGUUCAUUGAUGACUUGAGUGCAAGCAAGGCUCAGGUAGAAGCUGAUUUUAAUGCACUAAUGGCUAGAUUAAAUUCUAUUGAGAAGGAUAAUUCUUCUCUCAAAUAUGAGGUCCGCAUGCUUGAGAAAGAAGUUGAGAUCCGGAAUGAGGAGAGGGAAUUCAACCGUCAAUCAGCUGAUGCAUCACACAAGCAACACUUGGAGAGUGUGAAGAAGAUUGCAAAAUUAGAAACGGAAUGUCAUAGAUUGCGGCUCUUGGUUCGAAAGAGAUUGCCAGGUCCAGCUGCUUUGGCUAAAAUGAAAAAUGAAGUUGAGAUGCUUGGAAAGGAUCCAACUGAUUUCAGGAGAAGAAAGUCAGGUUCUUCAGUGGCAGCUCAAACAAUGGACUUUGUGCAAGACAAUACUCCUGAAACUCCUACUAAAAGGAUCAAUUUCUUAAUUGAACAGUUAUGUGGCAUGGAAGAAGAAAAUAAGAUUCUCAAAGAAUCUUUAAGCAAGAAAGAGAGCGAACUCCAAUCCUCAAGGAUCAUGGGUGCACGAACAGUCUUUAAGUUAUCACAAGUUGAGGCUCAACUUGGAGUAUUGAUGAAAGGUCAUAAAGCCAUGGAGUUGGCAAGGAGUAGUCCUAGAUCAAAUAGACUCUCCCUUGAGUCAGUAUCUGGUGCUGGCAAUGAAGAUGAAUUAAGCUGUGCUGAAUCAUGGGCUUCUGCUUUGAUCUCAGAAUUGGAAAACUUCAGAAAUGGAAAGCCAAAGACACCAUUGUCAUGUAAAUCUAUAGGAAUUUCAGACUUCAGUCUGAUGGAUGACUUUGUUGAGAUGGAAAAAUUGGCAAUUGUUUCUAUGGAUACGCCUUAUGAAAGUUCCCUUCUUUCUUCAGAUGAAAGUAGUGCACUUGUGGAACCCUUAGAAACUGAAUCAGGUAUUUAUCCUUCAGAUACUACCGGUAAGGAACUAGUUCCAGUCAUGGAUAGUCAUUCAGGCUCUGGUCACAUAAAUCAAAAAAUCCAAUCAAAGGAUGUAUUAAUUGGAAAAUAUCCUCAUUGGCUUCAGGAUAUCCUCAAGGUAGUCUUGGAGCAAAGCCAGGUUACACAGAGAAGCCUUAGUGAGAUUCUUGAGGAAGUUAAAAUUGCUUUGAUAAAUGUGAGUCAUACAAACAAUGGUGAAGUUGUUGAUGCAGGAAAAAACUUGAGCAAUGCAGUAGCAUCAGAUCACCUACAUGUUAGUGCCUCUCCACCAGUGCAUUCAUUUGAUGGACCAUAUGGAAUGAGCAAGUUAUCAAAGGAGGUCACCAACCACCAGCUUCAAUCAAAUCUUAACAAGUCAAUCUCUAGACUUAUUGAACUUAUUGAAGGGAUUAACCAACCUUCUUUAAUGGAUUAUGGUACCCCUCAGAUCUUAACAGAAAAUGAUGGGAAUUCUUUGCCAUAUAAGAAUCCAGCAACACCUACAGGCUACAUAGUUCGUCUCUUUCAAUGGAAAAGUUCUGAACUUGGUGUUGUUCUGCAGCAGUUUGUCCACACUUGUAAUGAUCUGUUGAAUGGAAAAAUUAGUCUUGAGAAUUUUGCCGGAGAAUUAACUUCAGCUUUCGAGUGGGUGACAAGCCACUGUUUCUCCCUUCAAGAUGUUUCAAGCAUGAGGGAUACAAUUAGGAAAAAUUUUGAUUGGGAUGAUACCCGAAGUGAAAUUGAAAAUGAAGUUACUCUGAACGGUUCACUUCCAGAAGCAGAUAAAUCCCAUUCAUCUGAAGAACAUCUAUCAAAUGGCCACAGUAAUUUAUCCCAAAUGGAAAAAAUUCAGGGUGUUCUCAAAGAAGAAAAUAGGAGAUUAAAGGAUGAACUGAAGGACAUGGAGUCUGCAAAGAAAGAUUUGGAAGGGAGGCUCCAGUCAGCAACUGAUAAGAGUGAAUCCUUGAUAACUCAACUUCAGGAAUCAGAAAAAAACAUUGCAAGUUUACAAACGCAACUAGAAAUCCUAAAAGAAUCAAAAGGGAUUAUAGAGGAUCAAAUCGAAAAUCACAAGUUACUUAAUGAAGAUCUUGAUACCCAGCUUACAGUUGCCAGAGUUGAACUAAAAGAGGCUCUCCAGAAGCUCUCUUCUCUGGAAGCAGCGCUUGAGGAUAAAAGCAACUGUUGUGAAGAACUAGAAGUAACUUGUCUUGAAUUGCAACUCCAGCUAGAAAGUUUAACAAAGAAGGAAUUUCCAAAUCCUGAUCCAGAUCAAGAGAAAAAGCAUCUUCGAACUGACUGGGAGAUCGCAGCUGCUUCGGAAAAGUUGGCAGAAUGCCAGGAAACCAUCUUAAACCUGGGGAAACAAUUGAAAGCAUUAGCUUCGCCUAGGGAGGCAGCUCUAUUUGACAAAGUUAUCCCCUCCCCUGCCACCGCCUCCAACAACAAGAACAUCAACACGAACCAUCGUUCCUCCCUACUUGAUCAGAUGUUAGCUGAGGAUGAUGCUGCCAAGUCUCCCAAAACCAAAGAAAUCAUAUGCACUAUGGAUCCACAGAAACAUCCUAGCCCACCUUCCGAUUCCUUCCAUGGUCCCAUAGUCCCAGUGAAAUCUCCAGAGAAGGCUCUGGAUUCAAAGAAAUCAAAGCAAAAAAAUGAGACCACCACAGUUGAAACUCUUGCUAUUGUGCCGAUUAAGAAACGUGGAGGUGGUGCAGGUUUUCUGAGAAAACUACUAUUAAGAAAGAAGAUGGGUAACAGCAAGAAGACAUCUCUCACUGUUAUUACAUGAUAACAAUUAAUUGGUGACAACAACAGUAGUUUCCACUUAGCAGGGUUUGGUUUUAUUAACUUUUGGUGUUUGAUUACAGCUUUGGAGUUUGGACUUUGGGAUUGGAAAUACUGAAAGGUUAGAGAGAGAGAGAGAGUUUCAUAAUGUUUGUCAUUUUGCGUUGUUGGAUUCCCGUUGUAUAUAUUUUGGGUUAGGGGCCAAGACGCUUGAGUAUUGAAUCUAUUCACAAAAUAGUAUAUGAUUGAGAGGAGAGGGCUGUAUACGCUGCAGCCUACUUAAAUGCGAUUCACGUCUUUGUUGAUAA